AUGAAGGGGAAGGGAGGAGUUGGAGCAGUCACCAUAGUGGUGCUGGUGAUCAUGAUACUAUUCACUGGGCAUGCCACAGCGACAGCGGAGUUCAAAACUUGCUUUGAAGUUUGCAUGGUUGGCUGUUUUAUACAAGGUGGCAAAUUUCCCUGCACCGUGAAAUGCUUGGCAAGUUGUAUCAUUCGCAACACGUCAGAUGAACUCUACUACUGUAGCCUUGGCUGCUCCGUUGACCAAUGCGCCCAGUUUGGCGAUG